AUGAAAAAUAUGUCAAAAAAGGAAAUUUUGAACAAUAGCUUUUUCCCCCUACGAAAGUACUCUAAACUCAAGCCAGGCUACUCGCUUCUUCCCUCUCCCUUCACGUUCCUUUCUUUCUACUUCUCUCUCCUCUUUAAUUCAUCUCUUCUGCCCCGCCCAAUCCACCCAACACCAGCGGAACUACCCCGCGGGUCCGGUAUCGGCCGGGGUUUCAAAAAAAUUCCAAGCGGCUAUAUAUUUACCUUCUUCACCGAAAAAUCACCAAUGGCUACUAUUUCCCCCGAUACCGAGAUCAAAAAGAAGCCUGUCAACUUCUCCAACAUCCUCUUGGGUGCUGGGUUGAAUAUGGCUGAAGCAACUACUUUGGGUCAACCUUUGGAAGUGGUCAAGACAACCAUGGCCGCCAACCGAAAUUUAUCCAUUGUUCAAGCCACCAAGUUGGUGAUGUCCAGAGGUGGACUCUUGGGUUUCUACCAGGGAUUGAUUCCUUGGGCAUGGAUCGAAGCUUCUACAAAGGGUGCAGUGUUGUUAUUCGUGUCAGCUGAAGCAGAAUAUCACUACAAGAAACUUGGUGCUUCCAACUUUAUUUCAGGAAUGGGAGGUGGUGUCACCGGAGGUUUGGCUCAAGCGUACCUCACAAUGGGAUUUUGUACUUGUAUGAAAACUGUGGAAAUCACCAGAAGCAAACAGGCUGCUGUUAGCGGGGUUCCGCAACAGACUGCCUUCCAAGUAUUCAAGGAAAUUUGGAGAAAAGAAGGUAUCAGAGGUAUUAACAAGGGUGUCAAUGCCGUGGCUAUUCGUCAGAUGACAAAUUGGGGAUCUCGGUUUGGUCUUUCCAGAUUGGCAGAAGAGGCUAUACGUUCAUUGACCGGUAAAGGAGAAACGGAAAAGAUGAGUGCGGUGGAGAAAAUUGGUGCUUCUGUGAUUGGUGGUGGUUUGUCUGCUUGGAACCAGCCAAUUGAAGUGAUCAGAGUCGAAAUGCAAUCGAAAACCACCGAUCCUAACCGUCCCAAGAACUUGGGAGUUGCGUCUGCCUUUUCCUACAUCUACAAGAACAAUGGCUUAAAGGGCUUAUACAGAGGUGUUACCCCAAGAGUAGCUCUUGGGGUGUGGCAGACCGUGUUUAUGGUUGCGUUUGGUGACAUUUUCAAACGGUGGUUGAACGCUGAGGGUGCUGGCCAUUAA